AUGUCCUGGGACUCUCAAACACACCAGCUCAUCACCGAGCGGGCCAUCCUCAAUGUCACUAUGGAGACACUGCAACAAUUGAGAAAGCAAGAAGGCAUCGAGGAACUGAACAGACUUGGACGAGGUUUUUGGAGGUCUGUGGGGGAGGUGGUCAAGUCCAAUGCAGCCAUGGACUUCCUGAGCUCUACUCGGUCCGACCCAGUGUACCACUUUGACUCGGAGCAGUGGGACGGGGCCAUGGGAGCGCUGAGGCUGGUGUGGACCCAGACCCUGCUCUCCCUGAAGGCCAGAGAGUAUCAGAGGGCGCGGCACAGUCUGGGACAACUGUUUCACUCACUGCAGGACUUCUACAGCCACAGUAACUGGGUGGAGAUGGGACAUCAGGACGUCUACCAUCACCUGCUGCACCCAGAAGAGCCAGCUGUGCCUGUGGCCCAAAUGGAUACUCCCACCUGUAUGGAGUGCUUCAGUCUGACGUGCAGAGAAAACCUCAUGUUCCGUCUGCGUAGGCCUCACAAACACUCACUGCUCACCACAGGAUACUUCAGCACCACGCCUCCCAAACCACACGGUAAAUGCAGUCAUGGAGGAGUGAUGGACAGCAGCAGGUCUCAAGGAGCCAGAGGAGGAAUAAACAAGGACAGCACCUCUCCUCUGUUCUCUCCUCAUCACUACCUCCACACAGACGCAGCCCGAGUCGCCUUUGAGGCCACACUCGCUGUGCUCAGGGACCUGCGAGACACUGUGGGCCACAAGCUCUUCCUCAAUCUGUUGAGUGUGAACCAGGCUCCUGCUCUGGUGUUUGUCCUGGACACGACUGGCAGCAUGUUUGAGGAGAUCACAGCAGCACGUCUCAGAGCUCACUCCAUCAUCUCACAGCGAGCACGCACUCCUCAGCAGCCCGGCACGUUCAUACUGGUGCCUUUUCAUGACCCAGAGGUGGGUCCAGUGACUGAGACCGAUGACCCUCAGGAGUUCAUGCAACACAUGGAGAAUCUUCUGGCUCUGGGAGGAGGAGACGAGCCCGAAAUGUGCCUCUCUGCUGUACAGUUGGCGCUCACUCACAGCCCACCGCUGUCAGAGAUCUUUGUGUUCACUGAUGCUUCUCCCAAAGACGCUCAUCUGUUCGGCUCCGUGAAGGCCCUGGUGCUGGAGAAACAGAGCAAAGUGACAUUUCUGUUGACGGAGGACCCCGCUCAUGUGACUGACAGAGGCAGCAGGAGGAGGAGAGCGGCUGAGGUGCGCUUCUCCCUGUACUCGUCGCUCUCCGCUCUGUCUGGAGGAAUGACCAUCUUCACCUCCAACUCAGACAUCCACAGAGUCUCCGCCAUCGUGGAGGACAACACCGCCACUGACAAAGUGACGCUUCUUCACACAGAGAGCGAAGGGGCGGCGCGGUUGACCCAUUCAUUUCUUGUUGAUGGAUCUUUGAAAAACGUCACACUCCACAUCACAGGCCUCCUCUCUGAAGGCCUCAUUACAAAUCCAUCAGGGCAGAGCCAGUCCCUUCUGCAUGAACACGGGUCCUUGGCAGCAACUGAGCACUAUGAGGGUCUGUACCGAAUCCGCCUGCUCCCCCCAGUGCAGCCGGGACAGUGGCAGCUCCAAACCGAGAGCGAAGAGCACAUCACCUUUAAUGUAAUUGGUGACAGCAGCGUGGACUUUCUGUAUCAUUUUGCCACUGUAGCCAACGAGACUCACCCAGGAUUGGCCAGGAUGGAAGGAAGUCCUAUUGCAGGUGAGCCCGCCUUCCUGGUUCUGGCUGUAACAGGUCUGGCCCAGAAUGCAGAGCUCUCCUUCAGUCACGUGACCUUGGUAGGAGCAGAUGGAGAGAGUGUCCAGAAGGUGGCGCUGAACUCGUCCUCUGUGGCUCCUGCCUUCUCUGUGGAGGAGUUGGUGGGACGGGUGCAGGUUGUUCCCCCAGAGCCCUUCAGUGUCCGGCUCACGGGACGAGAUCGCAGCGGAGCCACCGUGGAGCGAGUGUCCAGUGAGAUGGUUCAACCGACACGCGUCCAGAUACAGGUCUCCUCUGCCCCUCACCUCGUCCCGGGACACAGCACAAUCGUGACAUUUGAGCUUCUGAACCACGGCCUGGCACGGCUCUUCAGUUUAACGGCCGAUGACGACUGUGGCUUUCUCCAAAACAGAGGUCCACACAGAUUCCAUGUUGGUGAACAGGGCAGUUUCAAAGGGCAGGUCGAUCUUUUGACACCUCCGUCAGCUCGUCCUGGAUCCACUGUCACUCUGAGCCUCUCCGUAUGGGACAUGGGCUCUGCUGACUCCAACUACGCUGUGGCCUACCUCACUGUGGUCCCACCUGACCCAGACACAGCACCUCCUACCUGCUCCAUCACACUGGUUCAGUCUUUCUGCACCUCUGUCUGUGCUGAAUCCAAGUGGAGUGCAUCACUGGCCAUUUCCGACAGGGGGCGCUCUGGUUUGGCCUUUAUUCAGCUGCGCAGCGGUAACGGCAUUGUCACCCUUUACCACAAGCCUCCACUGACCGAGGAAGCCCCUCACACACACCAUCAUCAUCUUCAGCACAUGAUGAAGACUCUGAGGAUUGGAGACCCACCGUUCAAUGUGUCUGAGUGGGUCCUGGGACAGUCAGAGAAGCAGCGCCCUCUGUGGGUGGGCUACACGUCGUCCUGCUGCUCCCCGCAUGCAGAGCUGCUGCUGUGGGACGGGGCAGGGAACAUGAAGCGGUGCUUUGUGGAGCACAGACAGCAGAGUCAACCAGAUGACAGCAUAGACAUGAGUGCCAUCUGUCUUGAGUGCAGACGUGGGCUCUCACUGGUGCCUAUGGAGCUGGAUGUGUUGAUUUAUCCUGAUGAGGUGAGAGUCGCAACACCGGAGGACCUCCGAGAAUGGGAGCUCGAGACCGCCAGCCAGGUCUCAAUCCCAACUGUCCGCCUGUUUGUGGCUCUGUACCCAUACAACCCUGCGGCUAUGUCUCCCAACUAUGAAGCUGCUGCAGAGGAGCUGCCGUUCGUCCCAGGCCAGAUCAUCAAGGUUUUUGGUGAUAAAGACUCUGAUGGGUUCUAUCACGGUGAGUCCGGUGGCCUCUCGGGGUUUGUGCCCAGUAACAUGGUGGCUGAAGUACCGCUGGAUGAUGAGUACCUGAAGCACCUACUGCUGCAGCAGGGGUUCAUCCCGGUGGACCAUGCAGGUAUGACGCUGACGCCUGAACCGUGCAGCAGUGUCCUGAGCCUGCCUGAGGACUUGGUGGUGCGACGGAUGGUGGCCAUAUUUGAUUAUGAUCCAUGGGAAAGUUCUCCAAAUAUUGACAGUGAAGAAGAACUCGGCUUUCGAUCUGGGGACAUCAUUUAUGUGUUGGGUGAAAUGGAUCAGGAUGGCUUUUACUUUGGUGAUCUGCAUGGAAGACGAGGUUUGGUCCCAUCCAACUAUUUGCAGCCGCUGCCAUGGGACUAG